UCUUUACUUCUUCUUCAUCACCAUCUCUCAUUUUUAUUUGUUAGCUAUCUUUGCUUUGAAUCAUCAAUAUCAAUUGUCUUUUAAAAGUUUCAAUCCAGGUUUAGAUUGUAGUCUUGUAUAGUAUAUACUAAGUAUAGGACUUUGCUUAUUUUUGCCGAAAUUCUAAGAAACAUUUGUUGAUAUAGUAUUUGUUUAACCAUGAGAGAAUCAAGAGGAACAAAAACUAUGUUUGCACAGACAAGUAGUGUUCCGAGAUCCAAAUUCGGUAGUUUCUUACGUUCAGAUCCAUACAAUAACAACAACAACGAAGACGAUGAGCAAUUCUCUGUUCGCAAUAGCAGCGCUUCUACAACGAGUACACAAGGAGGCUAUUACGACGACGAAAAUCGAUUAAGUGUUGAAAGCUCUCCGUGGAAUCAAGCUUCUCCUUGGAACCAAUCAGCUGCUGCAUCUCCCUGGAACGAAUCAGCUGCUGCAUCUCCGUGGAAUCAAUCAGCUUCUGUAUCUCCAUGGAAUCAACCGUAUACUUCUCCGUUUCAUAAAUCUCCUUGGUCUAAAUUCGCAGCUGUUACUCCAUUAAACGAUUCUGAUGAUUGUAAUCACGGUUUAAUUGGGUCUCUUGUUCGAGAAGACGGAAAUAUUUACUCUCUUGCUGCUGUUGGUGAUCUUCUAUACACCGGUUCCGACAGCAAGAACAUCCGUGUUUGGAAAAACCAGAAAGAAUACACUGGUUUCAAAUCAAAUAGCGGUUUAGUUAAAGCAAUCAUCAUUGCCGGUGAGAAAAUCUUUACUGGUCAUCAAGAUGGAAAGAUUCGUGUUUGGAAAGCUUCAGCGAAGAAUCCAAGACUUCAUAAACGCGUAGGAACAUUACCGAAGUUGAAACAUAUCGUCAAAGGCUCCAUGAAUCCAAGCAAUUACGUCGAGGUUAGGCGCCACAAGAAUACGAUAUGGAUAAAACAUUUCGAUGCUAUCUCUUGUUUGAGUUUAAAUGAAGAUCAAACCCUUCUUUAUUCAGGCUCAUGGGAUAAAACACUGAAAGUAUGGAGAGUAUCGGAUUUCAAAUGCUUGGAAUCCAUUAACGCUCACAACGACGCUGUCAACUCUGUAGUUGCCGGUUUCGAUGGCAUGGUAUUCACAGGCUCGGCUGACGGCACAAUCAAAGUUUGGCGGAGAGAAUUACAAGGUAAACGAACUAAACACUUCUUCGUAGAGACCUUAUUAAAACAAGAAUGCGCCGUGACAGCCUUAGCCGUAAACCCGGCAUCAUCCGUCGUCUAUUGUGGAUCAUCUGACGGAAUGGUACAUUACUGGGAACGGGAAAAACAACUUACUGAAUCAGGUACUCUCAAAGGUCAUAGGCAGGCGGUUCUGUGUUUGGCAACAGCUGGGAAUCUUGUAUUUAGUGGAUCGGCCGAUAAAACGAUAUGUAUGUGGGUACGAGAAAAUGGUAUUCACAUGUGUUUGUCAAUUUUGAACGGACACAGCGGGCCUGUUAAAUGCUUGACGGUCGGGAAAGAUCCAGUUGCAACGGCUAAAGAUGAACGGCAAUGGAUAGUGUACAGUGGUAGUUUGGAUAAAUCUGUUAAAGUUUGGAGAGUUUCUGAACAUCCAUCAGAAUUACAGCAUUUACAAACACAAAACCAACAAACACAGAUAAAAGAAGAAGAACAGCAACAAAUGUACGGGGUGCUUUCACCAUCAGCUGAUUCAGUGCAUUCAUCACGGUUCAGUUUCUCAUCUUCUUCUAAUCAUGCUAGGUACUAAAAUUUAGUGCAAAAACCUUUGUUUGACUUUUUGUAAGGAAAAAAAAAGGUGUGAAAUUUUGUGUUGAUUAAUAGUAGCAAUGAAUGUACAAUUAACUGUGUAAUUAACACUUUUAAUGCCAAUGUAAAAUACUUAUCUGUAAUUUUCAAGUACCUAGUUCAAUGAAAUUUAAUGGCAGUGUUCAAUUUUUCAA